AUGAAGUGUUCGCUGGAAACGGAUGCAGUUGAUAAGGAACUGGCAGAAUGUGGGGUCGGCAUAACUUUUAUGGGCAGAGGAUGCCAAAAAUAUACAAAUUGUUUGGCGUGGUCUAAAGUUAUCAAUGUGGUGGUAUUUGCUUCUGCAGGAAAUGUUUGUUUUGUGGUUCCAAAGCAAAAUAACCAAUGUGUAGCUAUACAAAAUGCAGUGAAGGCGCAUGAUUUUCCGAUAACUUGUUUGAAAUUUGUUUCAUGGUGCCAUUAUACCGCUUUUGGUUUGGAUUAUCUCAUAACAGGAGCGGCAGAUGGAACUGUUCGUUUAUGGGCGAUACGAAUAUCAGGCAGAAUAGUUGUAGCGAACGAAGCGAAUAAAGAUAUUAUUAUUGUCGCUUAUGCUAUUCCUGAUAGUUCACUAGUGGCUGAACAAAUUGCUGUCGAUAGAGCAUCCUUGGAGGGAACGGAAAAGCAAAGUUAUGACAGAAUCAUAUUUCAACCUGCUUUCAUCGUUUCUGUUGCUAUUUACAUUAUAUCAAGUGUGUACGAAAAUGAUAUUUGGGUAGCAAGUGGUGGGCAGGAAAAUAUCCGUCUUUGGCGCUUUCAUCUAUUGCAAAGCAGUGAAAUGUAUACUGAUAGUGAUCCUCAAAUAAAAGCUCAAUUUACGUUCUUUGAUGAAGAAACUAAAGCUGUUACUUACGCGAUGAACGUAACCCUUGAAGGUGUUUUAAACGCCCAUGAUGAUUGGAUCUAUUCAGUGGAGUGGAAUUCUAGCAAGUUACAACUUUUAAGUGCAUCAAAUGACAAAACAGUAAUCAUAUGGGAACCAUCCGAAACUGGAUUAUGGUUCGAUUCUAUACGUGUCGGUGAUGUUGGUGGACAAGCAGUUGGUUUCUUUGGGGCUUGUUUUUCUCCCGAUGGUUAUACAAUCCUUGCUUAUUCAUAUUUUGGUGGCUUUUGCUCGUGGAAAAUGCAAAAAGAAGACAGCAGUUAUUGGAAAAGUGUUUCAACUUUCGGCGGGCACUCUGCGCAGGUCAAAGAUAUCACUUGGGAUCCUACUGGAAGUUAUUUGUUAUCAUGUUCCUAUGACCAAACAACCCGGUGUUAUGCUCCUUCUAUUAGCCAUGGUGUAAUAUGCGAGAUUGCAAGGCCACAGGUUCACGGUUAUGAUUUGAUGAGCAUUACAUCUAUUUCAAGUAGUCGCUUUGUCUCGGGUGCCGACGAGAAAAUUCUUCGUGUUUUUGCUGCGCCAGGCAAUUUCGUCGAAAGGCUAAAGACCGUUUCAAAGUAUGAUUGCCAGAAGCUAUUUUCGGAUCCGACACAAAUUAUCGGACACAAUGCAGCCAUUCCAGCAUUAGGUUUAUCAAAUAAGAUAAUCGAUAAUGUAAAUAUUCGAGGUAAAAAAAAUUUGACAACUGCAAAUGCAAUGAAUUGCGAUGAUGCUUUCAUAAAGGGAGUGCCUGUUGAGGAAUGUUUAAUGCAAGAUACACUAUGGCCAGAAAUUCACAAAUUAUAUGGGCAUGGAUUUGAAUUAUUUACGGUUGCAUCAAAUCAUUCUGGUACUCUUAUUGCAAGUUCAUGCAAGGCAAGUCGUGUUGAAAACGCAGUCAUCAUGAUAUGGGACAGCAAGGAAUGGAGACGACGAUGCGAAUUACAGUGUCAUAGGCUUACCGUCGCACAGUUGGCCUUCUCAAAUAGUGAUUCUUUUCUUCUUUCUGUUUCCCGGGAUAGAACUUUUGCUAUUUGGAUUUGCUCUUCGCAAGAUCCUUUUGAUUGGAAACUUCUGUUGAUGUCAGAGCAUAAAUAUAGUAAAGUGCAUUCUCGUAUCAUUUGGUGUUGUGCGUGGACCCCGGACGAUAAAUAUUUCGUGACUGGAGCAAGAGAUAAGAAGUUCUGUCUUUGGUAUUUUGAUGGAAAUGACAUCCAACUUGUUGCAGAAAGGAUGCAUUUGCAUGCUGUAACAGCAGUGGAUUUUGUACCAGAAUUAUGGAACAAACACUACAUUCUGGCUAUUGGUUUUGAAAAUGGUGAAAUCGAAAUUGAAAAAUGGAACUUGGAUCAAAACGACAUUAAUAGUAGUGAUACGGUGAUUAGCUUGAAACGGUGGUUGGCUCAUUCGGAAACGAUAAAUAAACUGAAAUUUCGUCCAAAAAAAGGAUCUUGGUUAAGUAAUGGUGAUACAAAUAAUCAUAUUUGGGAACUUGCUUCAGCGAGCAAUGAUCAUUCUGUCAUAGUUCAUCAGUUAAGAUUGUUGUGA